UAGGAUGAUUGCGAUGUCUUGGAUACACCAGCCCCGGAACUAACUCCAUUUCUGUGGCCAGGCCAUUUUGUGCGCAUUGCUCACAAUGAGAUCAGCGUCAGCCAUCCCGACGCCAUCAAGUCUAUCCUGCUGGCUCCCCUGCACAAGGUAAUACCCGGACAGAACGACGAAUUUGCAUACAUAAGCCCUCUUACUGACCAGUGGCGUGCCAAAAAAGGGCGACUGGUACUCGAUAAUCGCCUUCCCGGACAAGCGCUACCAGAACCCCAUGUCCACCACGGACCCGAAGCUCAAGAUCGCGCGGUCCAAGAACCUCGCCCCGGGCCUCACGCUCUCCAGCCUGCUGCGCAACGAGUCCGGGAUCGACACCGUCGUCGCCCUCUUCAAGGCCCACCUGGACCGCCACGCGGCGAGCAACUCACCUAUCAACCUCGACGACUUCUUCACCUACACGACGUUCGACAUUGUCGGCGAGUCCAUCUUCUCCAAGCAGUUCGGCUUCCUGCGCGAGGCGCGCGACAUUGGCGGCUCGAUCCGCAACUCGUUCUACCAGAACGCCUACGUCGCCGUGGUCGGGUUCUAUCCUUGGUUCCACGGCCUGAUCGCGAACCCCUGGAUGACGGCCUCGGGACUGCUGCCGUUCGGGCACAUCGUCGACACGGCCAUGGGCGCCGUCAAGGACCGCGAGGCGAACCCGGACGCGCGGUUCGACGUGCUCUCGCACUGGUUCCGGGCGCUCGCGGAGCAUCCAGACCGGAUGAGCCUGUUCGACGUGCACUCGGCCGCGACCAACGCCGUCGCUGCGGGAUCAGAUACGGUCGCCACGGGCCUGCAGAGCUUCGUGUACCACAUGAUCCGCCACCCGCACGCAUGGGCCAAGGCGCGGGAGGAGAUUGACGCCGCGGGGUUGCCGGAUGCGGAGGUCAUCGCGUAUGGGGAUGCGCAGAACUUGACGUAUCUGCAGGCAUGUAUCAAGGAGGCCUUGAGAGUGUUUAGCCCUGCGCCGAUGACGUUGCCGCGUGUGGCCCCUGCUGGUGGUUUAAGCAUUGGGGACAGGGUGAUCCCCGAGGGCACCAUUGUGUCGGUUUGUCCGUGGGUGAUCCAUGCCUCCACGGAGUUCUGGGGCCCGGACGCGAAGGAGUUCAAGCCUGAGCGGUGGCUGAGCGGCGAUGCAGCGAGGCUGGAGAAGUAUUAUAUGCCGUUUGGCCUAGGUUAUGCCUCAUGCCCUGGUCAAAACCUAGCCAGGAUCCAAUUGUCAAAGAUCCUCGCCACGCUUGUCCGCGACUACGACUUUGAGCAGGUUGACAGGAAUGCAGAUUGGAAGUACCAUACCUUCUUCGUUGUCGCGCCAUAUGGCUGGCCUGUACGCGUUACAAAGCGGAGUCGCGCCUAGUGUGGAGGUCACAACGGCACCAGGCUGGCUGGAUGUUGGACACAUGGGGGGACGACCUGCUGCAGGCGGUGUGUUGAGUCCCACGAUGAUUCAGCCUGAUGAUCGAUGGAAAGAGGGUUGCUGCCGGUUAGGCAUUCGCAUUCUCUCCUUGCCGAAUCAUGCCGCGAGGCCGGUAGAAAUUGUCUUGGCCGAGGUGGCCGAGCCAGGAGUUGCCUGCUUGCUCCUGAACUUUCGUUUUGCCUACAGGAUUAGAUAAGACCUGUCCUUGUUUCUACUUCCAGGCAUUUCGUGAUUUAGAGCACACAGGUGACGACCAAUUCCUUACAUUUUGAUGUGGCCGAUUCUAUCAGGAGCAGCUGC